AGGCUUCCGGUCCGGGUGCAGGCUUGGCAGAGGUCUGGGCAGCCCUUGGCGCGCGUCGGGAGCGGCUCCUCCAGGCUCCCGGCGGGUCAGGUGCGCCCGAGCGGCCGCGUGGGGACGGUCCCCGCGAGGGGGGCGCCGCCACCUCCAUCCACCGCGGGCCAGUCAGGGAAGCGGAGCGGCUCGGCGGGGCUCGCGGACCCCGGGUCCCCAGGUCGGGAGCAUGUCCAACUUUGAAGAUGCCGACACAGAAGAGACGGUAACUUGUCUGCAGAUGACUGUUUACCAUCCUGGCCAGUUGCAAAGGGGAGUAUUUCAGUCAAUAAGGUUUUACAACAGAGAGAAAUUCUCCUCCAUUGAAGUGUUGAAAUUUGGACGGAAUUCCAACAUCUGUCACUACACUUUUCAAGACAAACAGGUUUCCCGGGUUCAGUUCGCUCUACAGCCAUUCAAACAGGUUAACAGCUCAGUUCUCUCUUUUGAAAUUAAAAAUAUGAGUAAGAAGACUAGUCUAAUCGUGGACAAUCAGGAGCUGGGCUACCUCAAUAAAAUUGACCUGCCUUACCGGUGCAUGGUCAGAUUCGGUGAGUACCAGUUCCUUUUGGAGAAGGAAGAUGGAGAGUCAGUGGACUCUUUUGAGACUCAGCUUAUUUUGUCCUCAAGACCACUCUUGCAAGAAAACAACUGGCCACCACAGAAUCCCAUACCUGAGGAUGGCGGCUAUUCAUCCUAUCUUACCGAAAGCAUCUCUCCCACAGAAAUGGAUGAAAAUGAGCUAUGACCAGGGAGAGACACGAACAUGUACGGCAUGUCUGUAGACACGUCAGAGACAUUCUGCUUGUCAGUUUAUUAGUGUAGUGCAUCAUGAAUUUCUGCCAUGCUAAGUUUUGGAUUUUGUAAUAGGUUUGGAAGUCUGUUAGUCAUCAACUUAGCUGUUUGUAUCCCUUGGUCUGCCAAGAACUAAGUGUAUAAAGCACAUCUGUGUAGUAAGGUCGGGCUUCUCUUUCCCUGCCUGAUGGCACUCCCAUCCUUUCUUUUGGUAUGGGCCAUCAGUUGGUUUGGUCAUGUCAUUUUGUAGCAGCCAUUGGUUUUCAAGAUCAAGGUUUGGGGCAGAUUAACUGGUGUCAGUGGCAUGUUAAUACCUGUAGAGCCAGAGUCCUACAAUGUGUUCCAGGCAACUGGCGGUGUGUCACUGUGGUUUUAAUAUGGAAAUACUUGGGAAAUAACACGUUGAUAUCCUAUCUAUGCAGUUUCCAUGUUUAUCCCUAGGAUGGCAGUUCCCUUUUUCUGUAUUUAGGACCUUUAGGUCUUUAACACUUAAACAUUUAAAGAACACUGUGACUAAAAUUAUUUUCCUACGAAAGUGAGAAUGAUUUUAUGUCUCUUACACUUUUUAAAAUUACAGAAAUUGAGCCAGAUGUGGUGGCACAUGCCUUUAAUCCAGCACUUGGGAGGCAGAAGCAGGCAGGUCUCUGAGUUCAAGUCCAGCCUGGUCUACAUACUGAGUUCCAGACCAGCUGAGGCUACAGGGAGACCCUGUUUCAAAAAGACCAAAAAAAAAUUUACAGAAAUGAAAAUUUUCAACAGCAUCUAGGUUUAUAAUAAAGUCAGAAUUUAGUUCCUUAACCAUUUCUUUGAAACCUUCCAAAAACAUUUUUUUUGUUGUUCUUAGGUUGCUCUAGAUAAGUAUAUGCAAAUAUGUAUAAUGAUGAAUGCUUAAAUAUUUUUAAAAUUUUAGUUUCACAUAAAGAUGUACUUGUUUAGAAGAUUCUUAUUGAACUUCUUUUAGCUAAAUUAAAGUGAACAGUUUUCUGAAAAAAAAAUUAUACAUAUUUCAUUUUUGUUUCUGUGACAGGGUCUUGCUAUGAAGCCCAAGCUGGGCUUAAACUUGUGAUCUUAAGGCUUCAGCCUCCUGAAUGCUGUGAUUACAGAUGUGCACCACCAUGGCCAGUUUAAUAUAACUAUAUUCCUACAACUUUUCUUAAGUAUUUCUAAUAAGCUUUUCGGCCUGGUAUCACGUGAAGGUUAUUCCUAGCAUGACCACCAGUUAGUUACUCCUAGCCUGUGAAGUGUGACACCAAGCACUCAGCUGCCUCCCCAGCCCUGGGACUGUUGCCAUGGAUAAAGUUAUCUAUUUCUAUGCUAAGUGCCCCAAGUGACUGUUUCGGGUGUCUUGUUUUCCUAGUGACUCCUUAGCAAGCAAAGUAAUGGUCUGUCCAAGUGUCCAGGUGUCCAUGUGCUAGCUCCCAGAACCUGUGAACGUGUCGUGACACAGCAAAGGAAGAGAAGGCUCUAGAUAAAGAUUGCUCACCCUUGAUCUUAAAUUAAAGCGAUUAUCCUGGAUUAUCCUGGACCCAGCUAAUUACAGGGUCCUUAAAGCAGGAGGGCAGAACAAAAGAUUGAAGGGAAGGACUUGGCUUGCUGGUGAGGGCAUUACAGAGGGAGGAAGGAGGCCACGAACUAGGGAAUGCAGAAGCCUUUUGAAAGUUGAAAAUGUGUGCGGCAGCUAGAAAAGGCAAAGCUCAGGAGAAACCAAGUCCUAUGGGCAUCUUUAGUGCAGUGACCUGCGUUUGACCUCUGACCUACAGAACUUUUGGACAAUAGAUCUUGGCUGAAAAUUACUAAAUUACAGCAAUUUGUUAACAGCAGUAAAGAGAAAACACAUCCCCCCUUCGGAUGGAAGGUUAGCUAUUGUCACUUCUUACCAAUGAAUGGCCUUUGUUACACAUUAUCUUUCUCUAGCACUGAACCUUGUUGGAUGUGGAUUUGCAAACCAGAACAUCUAGCCUGUCAGAACUGCUUAUUGUGUGAAGUGUCUUGUAGCAAAGACUGCCUACAGUGAUGUAUAUAAAUUUUAAUGUGUA